AACAUGUAUAAGUUUGCUUUGAGUGUGUUUUGUAAAGGCAUUUCCUACGAAAACUCGGAGUGUUUUCCUCCACGCUGCGAGCAGUGUGUAGUUUAGACGAACUUCGGACGACAAGGGUUUGAAUAGUUUUGUUUAGCGUUUCAUGAUGUCAAAAAAUUGUUUGAAAUAUUGAUUUUGGACUCUGUUGAUGAGGUUUUCUUUUUUGUGAAGUUUUGAAAAGGCUAGACAUUGUUUUCGGUUUAUGAUAGCAAUAUCUUUGUUAAAUUAUUUAACAAGUUUAAUGUUAUUGUUAGAGACAUACAAUGACUAUUAGUUUUCAGACCUUACCCACGAAAUUGUUUUAAAAUCUUUAAAAAUUAUAAAAUUACGUGUUUUCAACAUUUUUAAAUUCUGAAGAUUUAAUUUUUUAUUUAUUUUGACAUUUCAGGAAAUUUGUCUUUCUAUGCUGUCAUCAACAAAGAGUGCUCUCGCCGCCCCCUCUUACUUCUUCACCGCCUUGUAUUGCCUCUGCUUAUUUGUUGUGAACAAACAAUUGCAAGGUGCGCUGCAGAAAUUGAAACUUCCCAGCUGUCAGAGCGCGACAGCUACGAAGCAGUUGUACGAACCCCGGGAUCAGCUGUUUCUCUGUUUUAAAUAGACAAGAAGACUAAAGUGGGACGAACCAGUUCCUUGGAACGGGCCUCGAACGCUUGACAAUCCUUCACCUAGCCACCGACAUGUCAUUAGCCGUUCAUAUUCAGUAUGUAGUGUGUAGUCUUAAACUGCGUUGACCGAAGGUGGCGUUGCAGUUGCUGUCUUGACUGAAGCCUUUUCACAGUUUCGUUUUCUUUAAUAUCCUUUGCAGUUCACCAUUCACAUUCAUCCUGUUAUUCAGGCUUCAGAUACUGUCAGCUCUGGCUGAAUGCUGCAUCACGUGUUUUGUCUUAACAUUGAAUAGAACGGAAACCGGCUGAACUUACUUUGAAUCUGCCUUUAAGUGCAGUUCGAGCGUGAAAUAGCUCUAAUAUCGUUUGAUAUCUGUAGCAGAAAAUGUCGAGUGACGUACGAGAUAAACCGUGUACUGUGAACCAAUGAAAUCGAAACCCACAAGUGGCAGGCCAGUCCUUUGGCUUCCUCUGCCAAUCUUGUUAUAUAACCUCUCAUUGACCCUGAAGCUUGCGAUAGGCUCGGCCAGCCGACACGUUAUCACACAUUGAUCCAACACGACCGGAGUGGAGUCUGGGUGAUAAUUUUUGCAAUAAAAAAUUAGCACAAGUAAGGAUUAUCUCGCGGGAUCGCCGUGACGGUGCGGCAACUUCUCCGACUUCUGUGUCAUGCGUGUAAUCUAAACACUAAGUUAAAGGUGCAAUGCUUUCCCAAUGACUUCUGAUGCUGUAUAAGCCGAUGCUGGGGCAGCUGCGUCGCUGCGGGGACCAGCAUCAGGAGUACUACCGUGUCCGAAGUUUCUCGAUUACCCCGAACGGGGUGUUCAACCUGGGGGACUCAUUUAAGUCCCGGCUGUCGUGCUCCGUCAACUCCGUCAGUUCCACCAGUUCCAACCGCAGUGAUGUCAGCCCGACACGGCUUCCCAGAAACCCACCGGACGGCGACUUGGCGCCCGCUAGGUUCCGGGUGGCGAUGCUCGGCGCCUCGGGCGUCGGCAAGACAGCGCUCACCUGUCAGUUUACGGUGUCAGAGUACGACUCGUCGCUCGAUGAGGAUAUCGGCCAGAAGAUAGUGUCAGUGAUGCUGGACGGUCGGGAGGCUCAGCUGGAGAUUGUGGACCAUCCCGCCGCCGAGAUGUCGGUGGAGACCUGCUGCAGUACGUACGGCCCCGACGUGUUCGUGGUGGUGUACUCGGUGGUCGACCGGAGCAGUCUGGCGGUGGCCGAGGACAUGCUGCUGUUCCUGUGGAAGGGCGGCUUCGUGGCGUCGCGCGGGGUCAUUCUGGCGGGAAACAAGGCGGACCUGGAGCGCAGGCGCGAGGUCCCCAUGCCAGUGGGUCGCAAGCUGGCCAGCACAUGUGGCUGCAAGUUUAUAGAGACGUCUAGCGGCCUUGACCACAACGUGGAUGAGCUUUUAGUCGGAAUUCUGGCACAGUUGCAGCUGAACCCUUGGCGAGACCUCGAGAAGAAAAAGAAGCAGAAAGUGGGAGGUGGGCAAAGAAUUCUGAAGAACCUGCUGGGCAUGAAGUACAAGUCACAGUCUUGUGAGAACCUCUUUGUUAUGUAACAGAAAUGUCUGUCUAGUAUAAUAUCCAGGUGUAAGUCAGGAAUAUAUGUAUAAAAAAGUAAAUGUUGACAUUUUGA